AUGUAUGGUGAUUGUCAAGUUAUGUCAACAAUGAGAGGUGGAAAUGUAGUAACAAACUCAGAAUCUCUCUUCUCUUCUCCGAUCCACAACGCUAACUUCAACUUCAUGCCAACCAUGCCUUUUCAACCUUUUUCUUCCUCCAUGAAAGAAGAAGAUGGAAUUUUGAGAGGGAAAGAAGAGAUAAUGGAUCAAAGUGGUUCAGGUAGUGAACAAGUUGAAGACAAGUCAGGGAAUGAACAAGAGAUCAAUAAUGAAGAACAACAAGCUGCAAAGAAGAAACGUUAUCAUAGACACACUGUUCGUCAGAUCCAAGAAAUGGAAGCUUUGUUCAAGGAAUGUCCACACCCAGAUGAUAAACAAAGAAUGAAACUAAGCCAUGAUUUAGGACUGAAACCACGCCAGGUUAAAUUCUGGUUUCAGAAUCGUCGAACUCAGAUGAAGGCACAACAAGAUCGUUCAGAUAAUGUGAUACUUAGAGCAGAAAAUGAAGGCUUAAAGAAUGAGAAUUAUCGGUUACAAGCUGCUUUACGUAAUAUUAUAUGUCCUAACUGUGGUGGGCCAUGUAUUAUGGGCCCUGAUAUGGGCUUGGAUGAUCAUCAACUUCGAAUUGAAAAUGCACGUUUAAGAGAAGAGCUAGAACGUGUGUGUUGUAUAACAUCAAGAUACACUGGUCGUUCACUCCAAACAAUGGCACCACCUCCAUCUCUUAUGCCACCAUCUCUAGAUUUGGACAUGAACAUAUACCCAACAAGACAUUUUGUUGAUCAUAUUUCACCAUGCACAGAAAUGAUUCCUGUCCCUAUGUUACCAUCUGAGUCAUCACAUUUUCAAGAGGGUGGUCUUUUACUCAUGGAAGAUGAGAAAUCAUUGGCUAUGGAACUUGCGGCUUCUUCUAUGACUGAGCUUGUUAAAAUGUGUCAGAUGAAUGAACCGCUUUGGAUUCGGAACGGUGAGAAUGAAAGGGAAGUUCUUAAUUUUGAUGAGCAUGCUAGGCUUUUUCAAUGGCCUCUGAAUCUUAAGCAGAGAAGUGAGUUGAGGACAGAAGCUACACGUGAUAAUGCUGUUGUUAUUAUGAAUAGUGUCACUCUUGUUGAUGCUUUUCUUGAUGCUCAAAAAUGGAUGGAUUUGUUUCCAACAAUAGUUGCUAGAGCAAGAACUGUCCAAAUUAUAGCUUCUGGUGCUUCUGGUCAUGCAAGUGGGACUCUUCAGCUGAUGCAUGCAGAAUUCCAAGUUCUUUCUCCAUUGGUGUCCACUAGAGAGACUCAUUUUCUUAGAUACUGUCAGCAAAAUGCCGAGGAAGGAACUUGGGCCAUUGUUGAUUUUCCUGUUGACAGCUUCCACCAAAACUUUCAUCAUUCAUAUCCCAAAUACUGCAGAAGGUCCUCUGGCUGUGUGAUUCAAGAUAUGCCAAAUGGCUAUUCAAGGGUAAAAUGGGUUGAGCAUGCAAAGGUUAUAGAGAAACCUGUUCAUCAAAUAUUCAGUAACUAUGUCUAUAGUGGAAUGGCAUUUGGUGCACAACGUUGGUUAGGAGUUUUGCAGAGACAAUGUGAAAGGGUUGCAAGUCAAAUGGCUAGAAACAUAUCUGAUCUUGGAGUGAUACCUUCUCCGGAGGCGCGAAAGAACUUGAUGAAACUAGCUAACAGGAUGAUAAAAACUUUUAGUCUUAACAUGACUACUUGUGGUGGUCAGUCAUGGACUGCUAUAUCAGAUUCACCAGAAGACACUGUUAGAAUCACAACUAGGAAAAUCACUGAGCCUGGCCAACCUAAUGGCGUGAUUCUCGCAGCCGUUUCAACCACUUGGCUUCCUUAUUCUCAUACCAAGGUCUUUGAUCUCCUCCGUGACGAACGCCACAGAUCUCAGAUGGAUGCUCUUUCUAAUGGGAACUCAUUGAAUGAAGUGGCUCAUAUUGCAAAUGGUUCACAUCCAGGAAACUGCAUUUCCCUUCUUCGCAUAAAUGUAGCAAGUAACUCAUCACAAAAUGUAGAGCUAAUGCUGCAAGAGAGUUGCACAGAUCAAUCAGGAAGCUUACUAGUCUACACUACAAUCGAUGUCGAUUCAAUACAGCUAGCCAUGAGUGGUGAAGACCCUUCAUGCAUUGCACUUCUUCCACAAGGGUUCAUGAUAGUCCCAAUGGUUUCAUCAAAUACCGACACAUCAAGCCUUGUUGGAAAUUCAUCUGAUCAAGGAACACCAUCAUCACCAACUACUACUAAUGCUGCUGCUGCUGCUGCUAACUCAGGUUGUCUUCUUAUCAUGGGAAUGCAAGUACUAGCAAGCACAAUUCCUUCUGCAAAGCUUAACCUUUCAAGUGUCACAGCAAUCAAUAACCACCUCUGCAACACCCUGCAUCAAAUUGAAAGUGCUCUCUGUAGCACCACUAACAAUUACCUUGUUGGAUCUUGCAAUGAACCAACCACUAGUGCACCUCCCAAGUAG